CCUCAGGGCGCGGUGCAUGCUGGGCAGGAGCGGGUCAGGUAGAGUGCGCGCGGUGUGGAGGUGAGUGAUGAACGCACCUGUUUACAGCCUCGCGCUGAUACCGCCGCUGUCUCCUCCGGGAGCGGGGGAGGCGUGAGGCGUGAGGAGGCCGCGGGGCUGAGCUGCUUAGCGCCGGGUGGACCGGCUGUCCUCUCCCCGGAGCGUCGCCAUCACUUGUUGGGAGCGUGUUUAUCAGGCUGCUGAGAGGCCGAGUGUGAUAUUUUAAGCUGCUGCACUCUGACUGACAGACGACUUACCUCCCAUAGAUCAGGAGAGAGUCAGUCUUCUUCUGGCUGUUCGAGAGUUUAACAGUAGGAGCCAUGCUUUCGGCAGAGGAGAUCUUAUGCAGCACGCGGCAGGUGAUCGCGGGGCUGGAGGCUCUGCGGGCAGAGAACCGCACGCUGCUGGACAGCCUGCAGGAACAGCUACAGAGCCGGCCGGCCGGCGAGAGCGGCAGCCUGGAGCAGGAGAAGACCGGCAUUGUCUUACAGUCUCUAGAGAAGAUUGAACUGGGUCUGGGUGAAGCACAGAUGAUGAUGGCUCUAUCAGCACACCUGGGCUCUCUGGAGGCAGAGAAGCAGAAGCUACGUGCUCAAGUUCGAAGACUGUGCCAGGAGAACCAGUGGCUGCGGGAUGAGCUGUCUGCAGCACAGCAGAAGCUACAGGAGCGAGAGCAGGAGGUGGUUACACUGGAGGAACAAAACAGACACCUGCAGUUUAUGAGCAGCAUCCGCAAAUACGACCAGGAUGAGCCUCAGCUGGAGGAUAAAGACAGUUCUUCAGCCAAGGAGUCGCUCGAUGAUCUCUUUCCCACUGAUGAAGAGGAGCAAACACAAAUUUCUCAGCCUCACAGCAGUGCUGUUGCUGCAGCCCAGCAGGGAGGCUAUGAGAUCCCCGCCAGGCUGAGAACCCUCCACAACCUGGUGAUCCAGUACGCCUCCCAGGGCCGCUAUGAGGUGGCUGUGCCGCUCUGCAAACAAGCUCUGGAGGACCUGGAGAAAUCUUCUGGACACAGCCACCCGGACGUGGCCACCAUGCUCAACAUCCUGGCACUUGUAUACAGGGACCAGAAUAAAUAUAAAGAAGCUGCCAGCCUCCUGAAUGAUGCACUGGCAAUACGUGAGAAGACACUUGGCUUGGACCACCCAGCAGUGGCAGCUACCCUGAAUAACCUGGCCGUGCUCUAUGGCAAAAGAGGGAAAUAUAAAGAAGCAGAGCCGCUCUGCAAGAGAGCACUGGAAAUCAGGGAAAAGGUGUUGGGAACAGACCACCCUGAUGUGGCCAAGCAGCUCAAUAACCUGGCUCUACUGUGCCAGAACCAGGGAAAGUACCAGGAGGUGGAGGAGUACUACGAGAGAGCACUGCACAUUUACCAGAGUCGCCUUGGUCCAGACGACGCCAAUGUCGCCAAGACCAAAAAUAACCUGGCUUCAUGCUACCUCAAGCAGGGAAAAUACAGACAAGCUGAAGCUCUGUAUAAAGAGAUCCUGACUCGUGCUCAUGAGAAGGAGUUUGGAUCAGUGGAAGGAGAUGGGCGGCCAGUCUGGGUACAUCCAGAAGAGGGGAGCUCUAGACAGGACAGUCUGGGUAGUCUGAAGCGCAGUGGAUCUUUCACAAAGCUUCGGGAGUCCAUAAGGCGGAGCAGUGAAAAGCUGGUCAGGAAGCUGAAAGGAGUUGGAACACCAGAAACAACCCCUCGGACUCCUGGAAUGAAAAGGGCAAAUUCCCUCAAUGUGCUGAAUGUGGGAGUGAGGGAGAGUCAGGAGGCUGCAAAGAACCUCAACAGGCUGACAGAUAGUCGCGCUCUCAGCUCCAGCACGCAGAGUCUGGCCCGGAGAAACUCUUUAAGUGGAGAUGGCUAACCUUACCAACACGUCUUUACAGCACCACCAGGUUCUCGAUAAAUACCAUUCCUCUGGUCUAAUUUUCCUAUGGACCACGUUUCAGAGCACAAUUAGCAAUAUGGUUCUUUUAGUUAGUUUUUAGCUUUUCUGUCUGUUUGUGUCAGACAAAACAACUAAGACUGUGUUCAGAAUGCAGGCAAUUUGGAUUUCUCAAAUCAGAUCUGUUGAGAUUACUGUUUCCACAUUGUUACUUGCAAGUUUUCAGAUCGGAUUUGCAUGUCCGUGUAUUACAAACCUAUGUUUGUUUUUGUGACAAUAAGGUUGAAUUUCCAAAAAUCUGAUUUAAUGUGGUUUCUGGUUGUCCAUCUGGAUACAAUGAAGAUAUGCUAAAAAUGAAAUUUGUGCUGAUAGUCUGAACAUAGCCUAAGUUUUUUUUUUUUUUUUUUUUUUUUUUUAGUUAAAGGAAUCUACUGGUACAUACCAGUACCUCCAGUAACUGUUCUAGGGCCAGUUUAGGCUUCGAGUUAUGAUCCUAAAAGCUUGUUGUACUAGGAGUCUUAAUACAUGCAGUUAGGAUCUGACAUUUCACUUGCACCUAGUUGUUACAGAUUUGUAAAUUAUUGCACUAGUUAUUUAUAUAUAAAAGCAUAUUAUGCACACUACAGACUACAUUAUUCCAAAUCUUCUACAUGAAGAAAAAAAAAAAACUGAGAUGUAGUACUCUACUCGUGCCUGUAAAGAAGGGGACUUAUUCAUUUUCAUAUGCAUUACACUAAUAUAGUUUGUUUACUUAGCAUUGUUAAUUUAACUUUGUUCCAUUAUUCUUUAUCCUUAAUGAGUGGCUAGGUUAAUUUGCAUGUCUGAUCCAGGACGUUCAGAGUUCAAAGCUCAACAGAUGCCUUUUUGGCUACUUAUUCUUACCAGGUGCGCAGCCAAAAGGGCACUUUUUUUUGCACUCUACAGGGGACUAGAGUGAUGCUUUUUUUAACCAUGGGAGCACUGGAGGGGGUGAUUGUCCCCCUUUGCCUCCAAUGACUCUUGUGGUUGUGCGCCCUCUACUGGGCAAGAUGUGUUUUGUUUUUAUCAUAAAAGAGACUAAAAUGGCUACAAGCACAUUUGAUCAUAUAUAGGUUCUGUCAGCAGUCAGAAUAUUGUCACUUAUUAGAUUUUUUAUCUAUAGAACUGUUACUCAACUGUAACUUAGUUUCAGCAAGUUUUUUUUGUUCUGUAAAUGUUACAUUUUGGAGGCAGAAGACGUGAGUGUACAUGUAUAUACACAAUAUUCUCAAGUGUCUAACCUGACUAAUGUCUGAUAAAAUGGGUACAUAUUAAGAAGUAAAAUAAAAUAAACUUUUUUUUGUAGAAA